AUUUCCCGAAAAUGCCCGAAAACCCUUGCGAGCAUCCACAGGAAGUAGUCUGAGACACGAGGCGCUGCGUGAGAGGCAUCCAGUUAGAGUUGUCGGUUCGGUGGUCAAGGAAAUGCCCAAAGCCAAGGGGAAGACCAGGAGACAGAAGUUCGGUUACAAUGUUAACCGGAAGCGGCUGAACCGGAAUGCUCGACGGAAAGCAGCGCCACGGAUCGAGUGCUCCCACAUCCGACAUGCCUGGGACCACGCCAAAUCCGUGCGGCAGAACCUGGCCGAGAUGGGGUUGGCUAUGGACCCCAACAAGGCGGUUCCCCUCCGUAAGAGAAAGGUGAAGGCCAUGGAGGUGGACAUAGAGGAGAGGCCUAAGGAGCUUGUGCGGAAGCCCUAUGUGCUAAACGACCUGGAGGCAGAAGCCAGCCUUCCAGAAAAGAAAGGAAACACGCUGUCUCGAGACCUCAUUGACUAUGUGCGCUACAUGGUGGAGAAUCAUGGGGAGGACUAUAAGGCUAUGGCCCGGGAUGAGAAGAAUUACUACCAAGAUACCCCGAAACAGAUUCGGAAUAAGAUCAACGUCUAUAAGCGUUUUUACCCAGCGGAGUGGCAAACCUUCAUUGAUUCUUUGCAGAAGAACAAGAUGGAGGUUGAAUGAUUGGCUUAUGCCUACCCUAGGCUGAGGUCUCCUCCUGGACCAGAGAAGCUCAAAGCCAGGGUUUAAGGCAAGGAGGGGCAUGUGGCUAGAUGAGGCUGGUCAAAUCUCAUGGAAUCAGAAGGUUACAUACACAUGCACAUGCAUGCACACACUUAUACUCCCCUUUCUGAAGGGAAGGAACAGUCUCCAAGAAGCUUCUGAGUGCCCUGAGAAAAGCCAGAACCUACUGUUUUCAGAGUGGGUGGGUGGUUUACGUAUAGCCUGUACAUAAUAAAAAGACUAUUUUA